AUGCCAUUCAUCUACUUGCCUGCUACGCCGACCACCGUCCGGCAACACAUGUCUCAACCCAUCAAUGCCCAAGAAGCAUGGGAUUCCUUCAUUGCCUCUCGGUUCGAUCAUGAAGUCAAAGAUGGCGCCACCGACUCGCUGGAAGCGCGCCUAUCAACGUUAGAUCUUGAGUUGAAUGUCUUUCAGAAGCAGCUGGUUGUAGCGAAGAGGCGCAGAAACUUCGCGACACCUGGCUGUCGCCUGCCGUCUGAACUUCUGGCUCUUAUCUUCGUGUCAUUGCAAACGAUUUGGGAGCCUGUGCAGCGCUCGCAACUUGCUGAUAAUGCCGGACCUUGGAGUCAGAGGUUCGACUAUGCUUGGAUGACAGUGACACACGUUUGUCAUUGGUGGCGGAGAACUGCUCUGCACACCCCAGAUCUAUGGACACGAAUUGCGUGUCAGAAUCUGCCACCUUCAUUCACCGCCACAUUUCUUAGCCGUUCCAAGACGAUGCCACUUUCUCUCGCCAUACAUCGGUCAGGCCUGUCUCCCGACGCUCUUGGCAAUUGGUUGUACACGCCAGUACUACGUCGGACACGGGAGCUCUCCAUCACAGACAUGUCAAUAUCCGAAUUUGGCGCCUGUAUCAGACUUCUCGACGACGACAUGCCCGUUCUAGAAGAGCUCGCCCUAGCUCUUCCGAUCACCGUCCGAUUGUCUGCCGAUCUGGAUGCGCGAUUGGCCGAGUCUUCGUUUCCUCGCCUUCAACGUCUUACAAUCAGAGGGCUGGCAUUGAACUGGAAUUGGCCAAUGUUCGCGUCCGGCCUGACGCAUCUUUCGCUUCAAGCCCAUACACGCGAAAUGAUGCUCAGUGCGAUAUCUCUCGAGCCUCAACUGCUCCCUGUCAUAACAACUAUGAACAGCCUUCGUGCCCUCGAUCUGAGAGACGUCCUGCCACAGCAAUCCGUUUCAUCGACGCAAUACGAGCUUCCAAGAAGCCUUGCGAGCCUCGUCAGCCUUUCAUCCACGGCUAGACUAUCUGCCGGACACAUACCUUUACUCGAGAGAGCGCGAUGCACACGCGGCAUGGUUGUCGUCAGUACUGAAGAUGAACCAGUACUGACACCUAUUGUCCGCGAACUGUUCAAAACCUGGGACGAUGAUCGUUACCCGGCCGUGGAACUUGUUCUCACGAGUCAACACAUCGUCAUGUUUUACGCCAAUGCUCGACCGCGGUCCUUGUGGCGUGUCAGGAUAGACGGAUCCUUCGAGCGUGCAGGCCGAAUGACCUCCAGCAAACAUCUUUGGCUUGCGGAUCCCAAUCGCAUGGGGAUCCCGGGCAUCAGCCGCUGGAGAGUGUAUCCCUACCUUCACCUCCUGCCCAUGAGUGCAUUACGGGUAGUCAGUGUAGCGUCUUCCGUCGCCAAGCACAACUUCCCCGACCCAAACGCCUGGAUAGACGCCUUCGCCGGCGCAACCAAUGUGCGCACGCUCAUUGUGUCGUACCGACGUACCGUGGAUCUCUUCCUCGCUCUUACGGCCAAGUCCGAUCUUGGCACGGAGGCGGGAUUCAAGCUCUUUCCCCAACUCGAAACGCUAGUCUUGCAUGACGGGCUAGUCACGCAGAAGGACGAUAUUGCCUUAAUGGACUUUCUGCAUGUUCGUGAGUCCGGUGGGGCACACCUGCAAGAAUUGAUGGUCGAGGAGAACUUGCUGUCCGCGACAGGCAUAUGGGAUAGCGCUCGGACUGUGACAACCGUCACGACCUUCAAGGCCUGUACGAUGGAUCAAGCGCUGGCUCCCGCGUGA